AUGGCUAGAAAGGCAAAAGAGUAUCGAUGGAGUCGCCUGGAACUUCUCCCUCUCGAAAUUCGCCAGCGUCUAUACUCGUACCUUGGCCUUCCCGUUGUGCGCCGAGUCUUUCGACCCUGCCCAGUGUUUCUAAACUCGGCUUGGAAUACUUACUGCAACAUACCAUCACACUGGGCCGUCGUCGAAACCAAGGACGGGUGGAAAAUAUAUCACCGACACCAAAACGACACAUUGCUAUGGAGCACAAUCACCACCAUCAUACUCGAAGGUCCCGGCAAUGCUCUGCUGCAACUCCCGAAUGUUGUCAUAGUGGAAGAUACCCCGGAGGAGGUGCAGCAUCAUUCAAACCCACAGAUCUACGGCGGCUUCUUUUACAGCUAUGAUGGAUUCAAGGCAUCGCGAGCGUUGCUGUGUGUAAACAAAUUCGUCGCCGCGGACGUGUAUUCGCUUAUCGUCCGGAAAAUCGAAGUCGUCUUCAACUACCAACUGAGUAGUGAGUGGAUUUACAGGGGAUACACUGAUGGGUGGUGGUCUGAUUGGAACGCCAAAGAGAACAUCACUAGCAGACCCAUGGGAUUGUCUUCCUUCCCCUUCCUCUUCAUGACCCAUGUCACGCUCACGAGCCGCAUCGGCGGCAGCUGGGAAGAGCGAUACCCGCAUCCUUCUUCCGUCUUCAAGAAAUGGCAACGGACUGACAUGGCGAAACAAGCGCUCUCGAUUCGGUACAUCGCACAGCACUGCCCAAAGCUCAAACGUUUCACCCUCAUGCCAUCUGUAGUCAAAAUUAUAAAGACGAAGUUGAGCGAACUCUACGCCAUUACGUUUGGUCUUAGAGAGUUGGUGCGGAUGUGCAAGAAAUUGCAGAAGUUGAAGUUGCAAUAUUUAACAAGGGACCCGAAGCCGAGAGUAGCGUCUCGAGAGGAACUGGAGUGGCGGGAUGUGGAUGACUACAGAUUCGAAGAUGGGUUGAAGGGGGUCCCUGUGCAAAAGAAUCUGAAAUUCAAGCAGAAGGAGAAUAAGAAGAAGAAUAAGAAAGAGAUUCUCAUUCCGUUGUGGUUGAGGGAGGAUAUGGUAGCGGAGUGGGCGAUGGAUGUCAUGAUGGAUAUUCGGAACCAUAAGAAGGAUUACGGUCUCUAAAGAACGUCUAGUCGGAGGUAACGGCCAUUAACUCGGAGUAGGGGUGCAUCAGCUGGACCAGGAAGAUCUGGGGUGAGCCUAGCCGUGGCCUCCCUUUUUUCUCGUCGUAGCCCGCCUUUUCUCUCUGUGUAGGUAGCUCCCUCUACUUUAAGCCUAGCCACGGCUAGUAUGAAUAUUAUUCGAC